UCAGUAUGUAAAUAUUAUUGUACAUGAAUUACUCUGUUGUCCUUUGAUAACAAUCGUCGCUGUCACUUGAGUGGAUGUAGUUCAGAAACAAAUGAGUAUUAAUGAUAAUAACACUAUCCAUCGAAAUUAUCCAUCGAUAUUUUUCUGGAAUCUUCAAGAUCAUGAAGAGUACUCUCAAAAUCAUCCGGUUUUUGCUAAUCAUGUGUGGAGUGUUUUGUGCUGAAACAGAUGAAGUGAAGUCAGUGAUGGAGGGAGAUUCUGUGACUCUAAACCCCGAUCUCACUCAAAUAAAGGGAAUCGUCCUGCUAUUGUGGAGGUUUGGUGAUAAAGGUUCCACCGUUGCUCAAAUUGACGGAGAUGAAAUCUUAUAUGAAGAUGCUGAGAUUUUCAAAGACAGAUUGCAGCUGGAUCAGUCGGGGUCUCUCACCAUCAAGAACACUAGAACCAAACACACUGGACUCUAUGAAGCAGAAAUCAGCCACAACACUGGAACCAUAUAUAUUAAGUUCCGUGUUACUGUCUAUGAGUCUCCAUCUGUUAUUGAUGCUGGUGAGGCUGAUAUGAAGCUGACGGAGGGAGAUCCUGUGGCUCUUCAUGUUCCUCAACUUUACGGAGAUGAACUGAUAGUGUGGAGGUUUGGAGAUAAAGGAAAACUCAUAGCUAAACAUGAUAUAGAGGCCAAGAGCUCACAAUUAUAUGAUGGAACUGAUGAGAGAUUCAGAAACAGACUGAAGCUGGACAAUCAGACUGGAUCUCUGAUCAUCACAAACACCAGAACCACAGACUCUGGACUCUAUCAAGUGAAAAUCAGCAGCAACAAACAGACCUUAUACCAGAACUACUUUGUUACUGUCAGAGGUGAGUAA